GUUAAAUAAUAAUUAUUUGAAAGGUUAUGUCGAUUUAUUUUUACAAUUUAUUAUUUCACACGAAACUAUAUUAAUCGUUUUAUAUAUUAUAACUAAAGUAAUAACUAAUUUAAUUUCUGUCUAGAAUGACUCUUAAUUUUAAAAAGAUACUAGUUGAUAAGGUUUAUCCACAUAUCCUUGAUAAGAAAGCCCUUAUACCAAAUUUAAGGAGCACUCAUGCAAUAUACAAACAUAAUGAGAAUAACUUUAUAAUAAGUUUGCCAAAUAAUAUACAAUCUGAACAUCACUCAAAAGUAUCUGCCACAGCAUCUGAAAAUAUUCAAUUAAGUAUAGAUAAGGAAACAGUAUUAAAAAAUGUCCUUACUGACUUCACUACUGAUAAUACAAAUCCAAAAGUAAGCGAACAAAGAAUUGUUAUAGAUUUUAGCUCUCCAAAUAUUGCAAAACCCUUUCAUGUGGGUCAUUUAAGGUCAACUAUCAUUGGUAAUUUUGUUGCAAAUAUUCACAAAUAUUUUAAUGACCAAGUUACUAAAAUAAAUUAUUUAGGUGAUUGGGGUACACAAUUUGGUCUGUUGCAAUAUGGAAUGCAACAAAAUAAUAUAGAUGUAAAUACUCUUAAGGAUAAUCCAAUAAAACUCUUAUAUGAAACAUAUGUCAGUGCCAACAAAUUAGCUGCAACAGAUGAAAAUGUGCAAAAGUUAGCUAGACAAUAUUUCUCUGAUAUAGAACAAGGGAAAGCAGAAUUAGAAGGAUGGAAGAUAAUAAGAAAAGUAACUGUAGAUGAAUUGGCAAAAAUAUACCAAAGAUUAGGAAUACAGUUUGAUGACUACCACUGGGAGUCAGACUAUAAUGGUGGAGCUAUAAAAGACGUUAUUAAUUUAUUAGAAAAAGAAAAUAUUAUUAGACCUGAUGUAGAUGGUAAGAAAAUAGCAACAGUAAAUAACAGGGAUGUUACUGUAUUAAAGAGUGAUAACUCAACAUUAUAUAUAUCAAGAGAUAUAGCUGCAUUAUUGGAUAGAUAUCAGAAGUAUCAAUUUGAUAAAAUGUUGUAUGUAGUCGACAAUGCCCAAACUGACCAUUUUGCUUGUCUGGUAGAUAUUGUUAAAAGAAUAAACAAGAAGUGUGCUGAAGGCUGUGAACAUAUUAAAUUUGGUAGAAUCAAGGGUAUGAGCACAAGAAGUGGCAAUGUGGUUUUUCUGGAUGAUAUAUUAGAAGAAGCAAAGAUGAAAAUGUAUGAAAAACAGCGGAAAUCAAAAAAUACUAGAAGCAGUGCCAUGAAUGAAGAAACUUGUGACUGCCUGGGCACAACAGCAGUCAUCAUCAAUGAUCUCAAACAGAGGAGACAAAAAGACUAUGUGUUUGACUGGGACAGAGCUUUACAGAGUGAGGGAGACAGCGGGAUCAAACUACAAUAUCUCCAUUGCAGACUAUGGAGCCUGGAACAAAACUGUGGUGUUAAAAUACCAGAUAUUUGCGAACCUGGUUAUUUGAAGGAAGAAGUGAUUGGUGAUGUGGUGGCUGAAAUUGUCAAGUUUGAAGAUGUAUUGCAUAGAGCACUUGUAGAACAUGAAGCCUCUAUUAUAGUGAAUUACUUGUUUCGGUUAGCUAAGCAUGUUAAUAGGAUGUUUAAUGAGUUAAAAGUAAAGAAUGUGGAGUCAAAUUUAGCUGCACAAAGGUUACUUGUGUUUCACUCAGCCAGACGUGUAGUAAAAACUGGACUGGAGAUAUUAGGCGUCAAGCCACUAAUGGAAAUGUAACAUGCCUAAUAUGUACUUAUUGCAAUUUGUAUAUUACAUUUUGUUGUUAUUAAAUUUAUUUUUAUGUU